AUGGGCCAAGCUGUCAAGGAAUGUAGAAAUCUCCACGUAACUUAUAUCGACUACAAAAAAGCGUAUGACUCCAUCCCACAUAGCUGGUUAAAAAAGGUUCUUCAAAUCUAUAAAAUCCAUCCAAUGCUUCAAAAUUUUCUAAGUCAAACAAUGCAGUCAUGGAGAACAAGCAUCCAUCUAACAACCUGUAAUGCAAAUAUACAAACAGAUACAAUCCCAAUCAAAAAAGGAAUCUUCCAGGGCGAUUCCCUAAGUGCACUGUGGUUUUGUAUAUGCCUUAACCCACUCUCCAAUAUUUUGAACGAAACAGCAUAUGGCUUUAACAUUAAAUACGAAAAAUCAGUAAGACAUAAAAUUAACCAUCUCCUAUACAUGGACGACAUAAAACUAUAUACAGCGACAAAAACAGAACACACCGAGCUACUUAAAAUUCUAGAAAAAUCCACAAACGACAUAAAAAUGGAAUUUGGGAUGAACAAAUGUAAAACACUACACAUAAACAGAGGUAAAUGGCAAAACGAAGAGCAGGCAUCUACAUUAAACAAUGAACACUUAGACAACAUGCAACCCAACGAAUAUUACAAAUACUUGGGAAUUUUACAAAACAGAAAAGUUGACCAUACCGCACUCAAAACCCAACUAAAAGAACAAUACAGGAAAAGACUAAGUAAAAUACUGAAAACCGAACUAAAUUCAAAAAACACAGUUAGAGCGAUUAACACCUACGCCAUACCGCUGCUCACCUAUUCAUUUGGAAUCAUUAAAUGGUCCAAAACAGAUCUGGAAAAUUUAAAUAUUCUGACAAGAACUCAGCUAACUAGAUUCCGACAGCUGCAUCCCAACUCUUGCAAGGAGAGGCUGACCAUUGAAAGAAAAGAAGGAGGUAGGGGCCUGACAGAUAUUCACGAAAUACACAACAAACAGAUUAAUUCACUAAGAAAAUACUUUAAAGAAAAAAAUACCUCAUUACACCAAGCAGUAACUAUAGCGGAUGCUAACUACACACCAUUAAAUCUUAACGCAGAAAAUAUUCCUGUUUCAAAUAUACUCACAUUAGAGGAAAAGAAAAACAAAUGGUCCCAAAAGCAACUACAUGGAAAACACUGUCAUAUUAUGAACAACCCCGACAUCGAUAAAGAACUGUCAUAUUCAUGGCUACAAAAAGGGCAACUGCAACCGGAAACGGAGGGAUUCAUUAUAGCGAUACAAGAUCAAGUAAUAGCAACGCGCAACUACAGGAAAUACAUAAUAAAAGAUAGGGCCCAACAAACGGAUACCUGCAGGCGUUGCCACCUCCAAAGUGAAACAAUAGAGCAUAUUACAAAUGGUUGUAAAAUACUCACUGGUACAGAAUACACUCUAAGGCAUGACUUUGUUGCGCGUAUUAUACAUCAAGAAAUAGCAAAAACAUAUAAAUUUAUACAAGAAGAACAGCCCUAUUACAAAUACACGCCGCAAUCUGUCUUUGAAAACGACACUAUAAAACUCUACUGGGACAGAACGAUCCAUACUGACAAGACAGUAACAUGCAAUAGACCUGAUAUAACGUUAACACUAAAAAAAGAGAAAGUAACAUAUCUAAUAGAAAUCAGUGUUCCGAAUGACAACAACAUAACAAAGAAAUAUGAAGAAAAAAUUAGCAAAUAUAUUCCACUAACACAGGAAGUAGAACGAAUAUGGCAACAAAAAGAAGUUAAAAUCCUACCAUUUAUUAUAUCUAGCACGGGCCUCACACACAGGAAAUUUAAAGAAAACCUCGAUAUUUUAAAUUUAAAAGGUCAUAUUCACACACUUGCUCAAAAAGCAGUAAUUAUUAAAACCACAAACAUAACCCGCUCCUUCUUAAAACAAUAG